GCAAAACAGAAAAAAAUAUUAGGAAAAUAAAUAAAGCUUUGAAAUGUCAGAAUACGAUCAAGUUCGCCGUGGAAAAUUAGUUUUAAAAGGUGAAAAAUCAAAGGCAAAAAAACGUAAACACAAGAAGGAAGAUCAUAGCAGAAGUAGAGCCGAAGAAAAAGUAGUAGAUGAAGAUGCUGUAAAACACGGUGGUUGGUGGCUAACGAAAUGUAUAGAAGAUAUAACUGGAUGUGUCGCUUUAGAAUUUGGCAAUCGAACCUACGUGAAAGCAUUAGAUAAUGGUUUGUUUACACUAGGAGCUCCUCACGAUGAAGGAGAUGGUCCUGCACCUGAGGAAAUAUUAACGGCAAUACCUGUUAAUGAACGAAAAAUUGCAUUAAAAUCAGGAUAUGGUAAAUAUAUAAAAAUUGAAAAAGAUGGAAUUGUAACAGGACGUUCGGAUGCUAUUGGACCCAUGGAACAAUGGGAACCUGUAUUCCAAGAUGGUAAAGCAGCCUUACUAGGUUACAAUGAUAAUUUUAUGUCAAUUGAUCCUGAAGAUGAUGCUGUGGUUGCACUAAGUAAACGUGCUGGCGAAGAUCAAAUUGUUAAAAUACGCUCACAGGCUAGAAAAGAAAUAGAUCCUACAAAUGAUGUCCCAUCAGAGGAAAAAGGAAAUUUAGCUCAAGUUGAACUGAAUUAUAUUAAAAAAUUUCAAAAAUUCCAAGAUAAAAAAAUUAAAAUAAAUCCAGAUGAUAAAAAAGAUUUGAAGAAAGCACAAAAAGAAGGUAAUUUUCAUGAAGCGAUGUUGGAUCGUCGUAGUAAAAUGAAAGCUGAUCGAUACUGUAAAUAAAUAUUUUUUUAAAGAUAAAA